GAGCGCCGCCAGGCCUCCGCCCGCGCUGCGCGACCGGCGCCGGCCGUGCCCGCAGCGGAGCCGGCCGCGCCCGCGGGGCGGCAGCGGCGGGGCCCGGGCGCGGGGCCGGGGCGCCUCCAUGGGGCGCGGGCGGCGGCGGCGCCCCUAGGCUGCCCCCGCUCUCGGCUGCCCGGCGCCCCCGGGCUGCCGGCCGCAGCAUGCCGGCAGCGCUGCGGCUGCUGUGGCUGGGCUGCCUCGGCAGCCUGUGCCGCGGGUACUUCGAGGGCCCGCUGUACCCCGAGAUGUCCAACGGCACCCUGCACCACUACUUCGUCCCCGACGGGGACUACGAGGAGAACGACGACCCCGAGCGGUGCCAGCUGCUCUUCAGGGUGAGCGAGCAGCGGCGGUGCGGGGCGGCGGCGGCGGCGGCGGCGGGCGGCGGGCUCAGCCUGCGGGAGGAGCUGACGGUGCUGGGCCGGCAGGUGGAGGACGCGGGCCGGGUGCUGGAGGGCAUCGGCAAGAGCAUCUCCUACGACCUGGACGGGGAGGAGAGCUACAGCACCUACCUGCGCCGGGAGUCCGCCCAGAUCAGCGACGCCUACUCCAGCUCGGACCGGUCGCUGAGCGAGCUGGAGGGCAAGUUUCGGCAGGGGCAGGAGCAGGGGGACCGGGAGGAGGCCCGCCUGGGCGACAGCUUCCUGGGGCUGCUGCUGCACGCCCGCGCCCUGCUCCGGGAGACCCGCCACAUCUCCAGCGGGCUGCGGGACAAGCACGACCUCCUCGCCCUCACCGUCCGCAGCCACGGCGCCCGCCUCAGCCGCCUCAAGAACGACUAUCUCCGGGCCUGAGCCGGGACCCCCCCGCACCGCCCCGCACCGCCCCGCACCGCCGCGCCGCGGGCGAGGGGCUUCGGAGGGGCGCCCGCAGCCCCCCCGGGAGGCGCCCCGGGGCGAGGGGAGGGCGCAGCGCCGCGUCUCCCUGGGAGGAGCGCCUCCUCGCGCAGAUGCCUCCGUCAUCCUGGGAAAAAAACUUAUUUAUUAUAGUUGACUUCCUAAACAAAUAGCGCGUUUCUAUAAACCGGGAGGUUAGAGGUAUAAGUUAAUAUCCCAUAUUUAAAAAAAAACUACCCCGUGUUACGUUGUUCACCCUUGCUCGCAAAGCCAAGUAAGCUUUCUCGUCUCCCGUUCCCUGUCGUCGGUUCGACACCGCCUUUCCUGCUGCGGCUCACCUGCCGCCAGCGUGGAUAAAGCGUGAUGCUUGUCAGCCACGUCCGGACGCGCGUGUCGCAGAUGCUUAAAUUGUCUUUGUUGUUACUCUCCUUCAGGGUGAAACCUCUGGCCCUCUAUUGCCUUUCUUAAACUUUUUGUAACGGUAUGUAUUCUACACGCGUAACGCAUUGUUCUACUACGUAACUUAAAGCUGUGAUUUCCAUUUGUGUUUUGAAAGACGGAAACUAUUCUGGCAGGAUUUGUACUCUUCCAGGCCUGCUUACCUGUGACUCGGAGCUAUCAUAACCCCAAGACCCAGCCAAAAAGGCUUGUGGCGGAUCCUGAGAAUGCCGAUGCAGGUUUUUAUAGUAAGAAGGAGCCCUAGCAGCGAUUGUAGUUUCAGAUCCCAAAUUUGCAAGCCGGGCUUCUUAGAGCAUAUUUUUAAAGCAGACAAAAAGGUUUAGUCUGUGCCAGCACAGUGGCAUUUCUCAUUGGCGCCUUGUACUUUUGCUAGCUAAGCUAUUAAUAAAAUUAUUUGUGCUCCUAGACAAUAGCAAAAGUGCCUCCUGGAAAGGAGGGGGAGGAUUGUUUGGGAUUUUCGACUUACUUACUGCUAUUUAAUUGUCAAUUUGGGGUAGUAUCGCUACCAGGUUACAGAUACCGCAGGCAGAAUCGCUGUUUGGAUGGAAAAAUUCAUAUGUUGUGUUAAUAAAUAUUUGAAAACAAUGUUAAAGCACAUUUUUUCCCUUUUAUUGCUGUGCUUGAGACACUCUUGGUUUAAAACAUGCUGUCGUAAUAUGUCUUUUCAGCAAAAAACUGCAACUGUGUAGAUCCUGCCAAACGAAAUAAUUGCUUUUCAGUAAAAAACAAAUAAAAAUUUACAGGCUGAA